CUUAAAUGGAAAUAAAUUUCAAGUGGAAAUUAGUUGCUGUUAGUUCGAUAACACGCUUAUUUCGCAAAGCUACUGCCAACAAAAUCGACUACAACAACAACGACUACAAAUACAAAACUUGUGGAUUUUAAGAUUUGGAUUUGGAUCCCAUUUGCAUAUAAUGUCAUCAACAUGUGGAUUAAAUAUUGUUUUCAUGUCGAUCAUUUUCAUUAUCAUCGUAAAUGGCUACGCAAAAGAUAUUUCUGGAGUUGAAAGAGGUCGUGAGCGACUCAACGAAUACAUAUCCCACUAUGAAACACUCAACUAUGAUCAUGAGCACAUUAAAGCUAGUCACAGUAGCCGACGAUCGGUGACCAAAGAUCAUUUUGUACAUUUAAAGUUUGCAGCACAUGGAAGAGACUUCCAUCUUAGAUUAAAACGUGAUUUAAAUACAUUUAGUGAUAAGUUAGACUCUUAUGAUAGCAACGGCCCCAUUGAUGUCUCAACGGAUCAUAUCUAUGAGGGCGAAGUGAUAGGGGAUCGUAAUAGUUAUGUAUUUGGUUCCAUACACAAUGGGGUUUUCGAGGGUAAAAUUAUAACGGAACGUGAUGCCUAUUAUGUUGAACAUGCCAAACAUUAUUUUCCCACAAAUCGCUCGACGACAACGACCACCGCGACAACAACGUCCACGACGAUAACGGGGUCCACCAACACAAAGGAUACACAAAGCAACAACUACCACAACAAAACUGCCAUUGAUAAUAAGACAGAAAAGUUCAUAAAUAAAAAUGGUGCAAGCACAUCCACAACAACAACAUCUAGAACCACAUUCGAAACGUACUCGAGCACUUUCGAGCAGUCAGAGUUGUCUACGACUGUGCUUCCCAAAACGGAUGAGAGCUCUGGCGGCGCACAGGACGAACUUGAUUUUCACUCUAUUAUCUACAAGGAGUCGCAUGUUGAGGAUGCCUACGAGAAUGUACGCGAAGGUCACGUGGGUGGGUGCGGAAUUACGGAGGAGGUCUCACAAUGGAUGGAGAAUAUACAAAAUUCAGCCGUCGAGGAGCUACCGGUGCCCAUGUCAAAGGAUGACCAAAAGCUGCACCGGAAACAGCAGCACAAAAGCCAACAGCAACAACAGCAGCAACAUCCACCAAAGAAAUACGCCAGCGGCGACGAUGAUUUCAAAUUCCCACAUCAGAAAUAUACGAAGGAGGCAAACUUUGCCGAUGGUGCAUUCUAUGAUCCCGCAACCGGUCGACGACUGGGCACAACGGCCAAUGUCGCCGAUUGGCAUCAGCUCGUUCACGAGCGCGUCCGUCGCUCCACGGGCGGCAACAACAACAACGGAGGCAGCGGCUCCUCAGCCAGCGGUGCGACGAGCUCAGCCAGCGCCGGACGUGGCCGUGAGGAUAACAAAAAUACCUGCUCGCUGUACAUACAAACAGAUCCAUUGAUUUGGCGUCACAUACGCGAAGGCAUUGCUGAUCACGAUCGCGGCCGCAAGUACGAAGUGGAUGUGAAGACCCGUGAGGAAAUCACAUCGCUGAUUGCACAUCAUGUGACGGCAGUUAAUUACAUUUACCGCAACACAAAGUUCGACGGACGCACCGAGCAUCGCAAUAUACGCUUCGAGGUGCAACGCAUUAAGAUUGACGACGAUACUGCCUGCCGCCAUUCGUAUAACGGUCCACAUAAUGCUUUUUGCAAUGAGCAUAUGGACGUUUCCAACUUUUUGAAUCUCCACUCCUUAGAGGAUCACUCAGACUUUUGUCUAGCAUACGUAUUUACCUAUAGAGAUUUUACAGGUGGCACUUUGGGUUUGGCCUGGGUCGCCAGUGCUUCGGGCGCUUCUGGCGGCAUAUGUGAGAAGUACAAGACCUAUACGGAGACGGUGGGUGGACAAUACCAGAGCACAAAGCGCUCAUUGAACACUGGAAUCAUUACAUUCGUCAACUACAACAGUCGCGUGCCACCGAAAGUAUCUCAGCUGACACUGGCCCAUGAGAUUGGCCAUAACUUUGGAUCACCGCACGACUAUCCGCAAGAGUGCCGUCCUGGUGGACUGAAUGGCAAUUAUAUAAUGUUCGCCAGUGCCACAUCUGGUGAUCGUCCUAACAAUUCCAAAUUUUCACCCUGUUCCAUACGCAACAUUUCCAAUGUGCUCGACGUGCUGGUUGGCAACACGAAGCGCGACUGCUUCAAGGCCUCGGAGGGUGCCUUCUGUGGCAACAAGAUCGUGGAGUCUGGCGAAGAAUGCGACUGUGGCUUCAACGAGGAGGAAUGCAAGGACAAAUGCUGCUAUCCGCGCCUCAUCAGCGAGUACGAUCAGUCGCUCAAUUCGAGUGCCAAGGGCUGCAAGCGACGCGCCAAGACGCAAUGCUCACCAUCGCAGGGACCCUGCUGUCUGUCCAACUCGUGCACCUUUGUGCCGACGACCUAUUCGCAGAAGUGCAAGGAGGAAACCGAGUGUAGCUGGUCGAGCACCUGCAAUGGCACCACCGCCGAGUGCCCAGAACCGCAGCAUCGGGAUGACAAGACGAUGUGCAACAAUGGCACCGCCCUGUGCAUACGCGGCGAAUGCAGUGGCUCACCCUGUCUGCUGUGGAACAUGACGAAAUGUUUCCUCACCUCGAACAUGUUGCCGCACAUUGACAAGCGCAAGCUGUGCGAACUGGCCUGCCAGGAUGGCAACGAUACCAACACCUGUCGCAGCACAAGCGAAUUUGCCGCCGAAUAUAAUAUACAACCGGGUGGCAUUAGUCUCCAGCCCGGCUCACCCUGUGACAAUUUCCAGGGCUACUGCGAUGUCUUUCUCAAGUGUCGCGCAGUCGACGCCGACGGUCCCCUUGUGCGCCUCAAGAAUCUCCUACUCAAUCGUGAGACCCUGCUCACCGUCGCCGAGUGGGUAACCGGUAACUGGUAUCUGGUGGUGCUGAUUGGAGUCGGAUUCAUCGUUGUUCUUGGCGCCUUUAUCAAAUGCUGCGCCGUCCACACGCCCAGUUCCAAUCCCAAGAAGCGUCGCGCUCGACGCAUCAGCGAAACGCUCCGUGCCCCAAUGAAUACACUACGCAGAAUGCAGCGUCAUCCGCACCAGCGCGGCGCCGGACCACGAAGCAUUCCACCACCGGCGCACGAGGCGCAGCAUUAUCCCCGAGGCGGUGGUACUAGUGGAGCCGGUGGUGGUGCCGGAGGUGGAGGCGGACGACAUGGAGGCGGACGUGGUAAUCAUCAUCAAGCGCAUCCACACGAAUGGGAUCGGCAUCAGGGCGGGCAUUCGAUAGUUCCGCUGCCCACUGGCGGCAGUCACGCUCAUCGCAGCUCGGCGGCGAAUCAGGCGCGACGCAGCGAUGGACGUGGGGCACGGCCCAGCAGCAGUGGACGACCACAGGCCAGCGGAGGAGCAGCUCGUUUGGGGUAUGGAGCUGAGCUGGGUGCCACGGGUGGUGGCGGUGGUGUUGGUGGUGCUGCUGCUGCUGCUGCAUCUGCUGCUGUCCAGGCUGCCAUCAGCAGCGGUGGUGUUGUGGCACGUGCUCAACUGCCGCUGCCCUUGCCGCCGGCCAACGCACAACAGCCGCAACAGCAACAAGCACUCUCACCGCAACAACAACAACAACAACAACAACAAUCGCAAGCGUUUUAUGCGCCGAAAGGCGUCACGCCCCCGCCGCCGCUUCAAGUAAGCUUUAGUCGACCGACAUCGCUGCAUGAGCAACAACCACAACAACAACAACAACCACAAGAACAACAACAGCAGCAGCACCAGCAGCAGGAGUCGGAACAGUUGCAACAACAACAGCACGCCUAUGCCGACGCAUAUGCGGCUUUGGGGCGCAGCCACUAUGAGUCGACAACGCGGGCGCCCAACAACAGCAAAGUUUGACAGCCAAAAUUGAUGUCGGAGCGCCAUAAGAAACCAAAAGCAAAACGGCAAAAGCAAAAGCAGCAACAACAAAAACAACUUC